AGCAACAGCGCUGCCCGGCUCGUGCGCAUCCACAGAAGCUCGUGUGUAGAAGAAGAGAGCGAGACUGUCAAACCUGGUCUAACGGAGCGCUUUCUCUGAAUACAACAGCCGAACUAAAGCGAGCUCAGCUCAUCUCAACUCUACAGUGGACAUAUGGCAGACGAGGGCGUCGCUAAGAUGUCGAUCCGAGAGCUGUAUGUGUCUGAUAAAGAGGGCAGUGAUUCUGAAGGAGAUGGCUCAGAGCAGAAGCCCUUCAAAACUCCACUGAAGGCACUGAUGUUUGUUGGAAAAGAACCUUUUCCCACCAUCUAUGUGGACUCACAGAAGGAAGGAGAGCGUUGGGCGGUGAUCUCUAAGACUCAGAUGAAAAACACCAAGAAGCUCUUUCAGCGAGAGCAGAUGAAGAGUGAUGUUAAAGAAAAGAAGGAGGCUGAAGAUGCUGAGCGCAGGGAGAAGAAUCUGGAAGAAGCUGAGAAGAUCGUCCUGGAGAACGACCCCAAGCUUCCCGAACCCAAAACUGUGAAGAUCUAUCAACUGGAGCUGCUAAGAGAGCAGAGGGUGAAGGUGUUUGGUUGGGUCCAUCGCAUACGAAGGCAAGGAAAGAACCUUCUGUUUAUUGUUCUGCGAGAUGGAACUGGUUUCCUGCAGUGUGUUCUCACUGAUAAACUGUGUCAGUGUUAUAAUGGACUGGUUUUGUCGACGGAGAGCACAGUCGCUCUGUAUGGAACAUUGAAGCCCGUUCCUGAAGGCAAGCAGGCUCCGGGCGGUCAUGAGCUGAUCUGUGAUUUCUGGGAGCUGGUGGGUUUGGCUCCAGCAGGGGGCGCUGAUAAUCUGCUGAACGAAGAGUCCGAUGUGGAUGUGCAGCUCAACAACAGGCACAUGAUGAUCCGCGGAGAAAGCGUCUCCAAAAUCCUCAAAGUCCGAUCCACCGUCACCCACUGCUUUAGGGAGCAUUUCUUCAGCAGGGGAUAUUAUGAGAUAACUCCGCCCACACUGGUGCAGACGCAGGUGGAGGGUGGCUCCACUCUCUUCGGUCUGAACUACUUUGGUGAGGAAGCAUAUUUGACGCAGUCGUCGCAGCUCUAUCUGGAGACCUGCAUCCCUGCAUUGGGUGACACCUUCUGCAUCGCGCAGUCGUACCGUGCAGAGCAGUCGCGCACACGCAGACAUCUGUCUGAGUACACCCACAUCGAAGCCGAGUGUCCCUUUAUGACCUUCGAGGAUCUUCUGAACAGGUUGGAGGAUCUGGUGUGUGAUGUAGUGGACCGGGUCUUGAAGUCUCCCGCAGCGCCUCUGCUCUACGACCUGAACCCAGACUUCAAACCUCCCAAAAGGCCGUUUAAGAGGAUGAACUACACGGAAGCCAUCGAUUGGCUUAGAGAACACGACGUCAAGAAAGACGACGGGACGUAUUACGAGUUUGGAGAGGAUAUCCCAGAAGCCCCUGAGCGACUGAUGACUGACAGCAUUAAUGAGACCAUCCUGCUGUGUCGUUUCCCGGCUGAGAUCAAAUCAUUCUACAUGCAGCGCUGCGCAGAAGACCGACGUCUCACUGAAUCGGUGGAUGUGCUAAUGCCAAACGUGGGUGAGAUUGUGGGAGGCUCAAUGCGUAUCUGGGAUGCUGAGGAGCUUUUGGAGGGGUAUACGAGAGAGAAAAUUGACCCUACACCUUACUACUGGUACACUGACCAGAGGAAGUACGGCACGUGUCCUCAUGGAGGUUAUGGUCUGGGUCUGGAACGCUUUCUCACCUGGCUGCUGAACCGUCAUCACAUCCGUGACGUGUGUCUGUACCCUCGCUUCAUCCAGCGGUGCAGACCAUGAACCCCACACACACACUCGUCCAUGAGACCAACACGCCAAAAUGAAACCGCUCGUGUACCGUCAAGCUUAGAGGAGAGACCAUAUUAAUAUGUCAUGUUUGAAGAUAUCAUCACAAUACGGUUUGAACCAUGACCUGCUUUGUACCACUGUACUAUUCAUCUGUGGCAUAAUAAAUAAAUAAAUGAGAUGAAAGCUCA